AUGCAUCGGUGUGGUGUUGAGCCGUCCUCGCCAAUUGCCACCAGCAACUUUGAUUCAAAGAUCAAAAUAAACUCCUCGAUCCAUCAUCAAAACUCAAUCUCAAUCUGGACAAAAAAGAAGCCAUUUGCCAAGGCUUCUGACACACCCGACACCUCGGACGGGACCACCGAGUCAUCAACGGAUUCUUCUGGUUGGCGACAUGGAGACACACAGACUCUCGCUGUCAGAAUCCGUCAUUCUAGAACGCCACAAAAGUGUCCCCGCUGUCAUGCAUUUCCCCAUCCGUUCACUGAAAACUCGACGAACGUGUUGCUUGGUUUUCGCCUACACGGCUAG